AGACUUCCUUUCCUCUUUAAGAUUUACUCAUUAUUUUUAUGUUUAUGUGUGAGUGAGUGAAUAUAUGUGUACCAUGUAUGUGCAGGAGGCCCCGGAGGCCAGAAGAGGGAAUCACACCUCCUGGUGCUGGAGUUAGAGGAGGCUCUGAGCUACUGUGUGGAUGCUGGGAACUGAACUCAGGCCUCUGCAGGAGCAGCCAGUGCUCCUAACCCUGAGCCAUCCCUCCAGCUCCGAGGCCUGUGCAUGGAGAGUGUACUGUGCUCUGUAAAACAGCUUCUGCUCUACCUUUGUUUUGUAAAAUACUGUUUAUUUUUCUGCUUGUUUGUAUGUGUCAAUGCAUGUUAUGUAUGCUAGAGACACGGGUGAUUGUAUGUAUGAAUGCAUGUCAUGUAUGCUAGAGACACACGGGUGAUUGUGAGCUGCUUGAUGUGUAGGCGCUGAGCCUGAACUCUGCUUUACCAGAGUUAGCAGGGACUCUUAACCACAGCACCAGCUCUUUAGCUCCUGAACCUAUUGUCUUACUUAGGGCUUCUGUUGCUGUGACGAAACACCAUGACCAAAAUGCAAGUUGAGGACAAGAGUUUAUUCAGCUUACAUUUCCGGAUCAUAGUCCAUCAUCGGGUGAAGUUAGGACAGGAACUCAAGCAGGGCAGGAACCUGGAGGCAGGAGCUGAUACAGAGGCCAUGGAGGAUGCUGCUUACUAGCUUGCUUCCCAUGGCUUGGUCAGCUUGCUUUCUUGUAGGAACCAGGGCCACCAGCCCAGGGAUGGCACCACCUACAAUGGUGUGGGUCCUCCCCCUUGAUCACUGAGAACUUGCCUUACAGCUGGGUCUCAUGGAGGCAUUUCCUCUCAUUCUGAUGACUCUAACUCGUGUCAAGUUGACACAUAAAAUCAGCCAGGACAUCUGUCAUCCUUUUAAUAGACUUUGGAAAACUUGGAAUUGUGAAUUGUGACUGUGUUUGAUUCCUUGAAGUAAUCCAAAGAGUUUCUUGCCAGGUGUCUGUUUGAAGAAAUUUAUUUAUUUCUACUCUAAUUGUUGUUAUAUAUGGGUGCAUGGAGUAUGUAGGUGUGAGUGUGUGCGUGCCACAGUGUGGGGGCCAGAGCACAGCUUCGCAGAGUUGGUUCUCUCCUAACCUUUAGGCUGGUUCUGGACAUCAAACUCCAGUUGCUGGGUUUGCAUGGAAAAUGUUUUUAUUCCCUGAACCUCACAUUGGCCCAGUUCUUAAAAACUUUAAAUGUUUUUGUCACUUAUUAAUAGUAGCUCAACCACUUAGCUCAGUAUUCUUCAGUAAGUUUUCAGACAUCUUUAGAAUAUCCUUAAGCACAUAAUCUGGGUAGUACUUAUGUUUACUGUUGAAUUCCUGGCCUAAUAGGGAACUGGCACAUAGUAGGUAUGCAGUAGACGUUAGGUGAAGCAGAGGGAUGGUGGCGCUUCAGGUCUUGGGUCUUUGGAUGGCUGUGAAGUGUUUAGAAUACUGGAAGGUGGAUCCAGGGAGGAGGCCAGUGAAACACUGCCGUCAAAUGUCUUCUGUCCUCAGAGUUUGACAGUCCCUGCCAGGCCUCUAGAGAAAGCAUCAACUGGGAGCAGGAGCCAUUUGCCGAGGCCUUGCUUUGUCUUGCCAGAUUAUUCAAAGACUCUUCGCCUGCUAUCAUUGUGCCAUAGUCCACAUACACAGCUGACAGCAGUUGUGUGUGUGGUCUCUUUGGAGCAUGGACAUGACUCAAGGUCUCUCACGUUGUAAGUGCCAGAAAACUCAUCUUCCUGUAAUUCCGGAACAAUGGCAUUUCGGGUAAAAUUAAGGUUGGCCAGGGGUUCCUUUGGCUUCUCACUGCUUUCUGAGUCAGGUGACUGGGACUGGCCCUGUGCAUGGGUUACACACCAGUCACUUUUCCCAUUCUUGUCAUUCCCCCUGACAAGAAACAGUUUUCAGGAAGGUUUCCUCUGGCUUGUCUUUCCAAGGUUGAGAAGCCUUUUCCUUCAUACUCUUUCUGGGACCCCAGCACAUGAAGCUGUGCUUCCUAUAGUCGACAUGUCUUCCCAAUUGAGUUAAAUCUAGAUGAUCCUUCAUUGCAUGUGCUAAGGUUCCUCUCCCAGAUGACUCUAGAGGCCAGUGGAGAUCAGCCAUCCUAGGUCCAGACUCCUCCAGAUGCCCUGGUGGCCCAGUAUGCACAGAGCAUCCCAGUUCUGCAGCUGCUGGCCACAGGACAGCCGGGAUCUGGGCUGGUUCUAAACCUACCUGCGGCAGUCUCUUGUUCCAUACUGCAUCUCGGUGUGGCUGUUUGUGAGAGGAGUGGGCUCUGUAGGGAUAGCCAUGCAGGUAUCCUGACACUGCCGUCCCGGCUGUCAGCAUGUCCCCCUCUCAGCACGGUGCACUGAGAUUGCUGUGGUCUCAUUGGUAGUUGGGUUAGCAUUCUGCUGGGCACUUGGCUGUUUGCUAUUAAGUCACAUUUUAACCUCCCACUCACAUCCUGGAGUAACGUUGUCCGUGUCAUAAUGUACCUGUGUCACAGUAACCUGGGUUCCUUUGCGAGUUUUGGAAAUCAUCUAUAUCUUCUCAUUGCCUCUUUUUAGUGGCCUAAGAAAAGUUUUCAUUGAGCUGUGUUUUAGAGGCACUAGUGUAUUCUGAUGUAUUUUAGCUGUGUGAGGCAGUCCCUCGAGGGACAACCUUCCUCAGUUCUGACUCCAGAUGAAGCAUCACCUUGUCAUGCUCACUGGAGCUGCUGAUGGUGUGAAUGCUAACAGAAAGGCAGUUCCAGAGAGGGGUGUUUGGAUAAGAACCAAGUACAAGUGAUAGUUUGUUUCAAAGGAUAGGGCCCCCUCAGUCAAGUGAAAUUCAGUUCGCUGGGGUCUCUGGUUUUGUCUGUCUGGCUCUUCUGUUGUUGAUCCCAGGGUACCUUUAUUGAGCUCUGUGGGUCUGGGAAAACACCACUGAAGUUUACUGUGGCCACAAGUGCCUACAGAUGUGAGCUACUUCAAGACUCCUCACAAAGGACCUUCCUAGUGUUUGCUACAGUCUUGCCUGUCCCUAGUCCUGCUCUCUUACUGUCUAGGAGGAGGCAGAGCUGCCUGGUGGGAAAGAAGACAGGUGCAAGCAUAUGUGCAGUCAGCAGGGUUCCAGGGUGACAUUAGAGCCUAGCCACGGGCUCAGCCUUUGCCCCUCUUGAGGCUGUGAGGCUGGACUGAACUUGGCAAUCUUAGUGACCUCGUCCAUACCUUCACCAUGAACUUAAUGAUGACAGUCUGUCUCCUUUUGUCCAGAUCUUUCAGAGAAUUAAUUUAAGGAAUAAGAUGGUAUUUACUGUACUCAUAUGGUUCCUGACAAUGUUUUCACUGUUGCUAUGAAGACUCUUUCCAUUCUGAAGUUGUCCAUUACUGGGAGACACUCAGAAAACAGGAGUGAGCUUACAGUCACACCACAUCUCACUUCUAAUCUUGGGUAACUUGGCCCUACCUACUGCAGAGUGUUUCUAGGUGUCCUGCGACUUUCUUGGCGUUCUCUUGGGACUUCUGGGCAGAAUAACAUGGCUAUCAGACCUGGAGUGAUGAUGCGCUCCUGCGUGAGAGAUCAUCUUGUUUGUUCCCCAGUGUAUGUACAGUUUCUUGGUAGCUUCCUUUCAUUGUUAAUAUUAUAGAUUUUUAACAAUUCUAAAGUGUAAAAAGGAUUCUUCUUUUUAUAGUCAGCAAGUUCAGGGGAGAUAUCUAAAAAGUUGUCAGAAGGAUCUUUCAAAGAUGUCAAAGCAGAGAUGGAGGCUGACAUUUCUGUAGGAGCAUCCAAGUCUUCAACGUUAAAAGCAUCAAAACGGCGAUCCAAGAAUUCACUGGAAGGAAGAAGGGACUCUAGAGCCAGUGAAAAUAACCCUUCCCCUGAAAAAGAACGUAAGGCUUCCUACCGUAAAGCUAAGAAGGACCAUAGCAUGAAGCAGCUUGGAAGGAAAGAGGAUAAUAUUUCAGCUAAGAUUUUAGACUCCAUAGUGUCGGGACUAAAUGACGAACCAGAUCAGGAAACGACAGCUCCAGAAAUAGAUGAUAACUCAGCUAGUCUGUGGCGGGAGAACGCUGAGCCAGAGCCAGCAGUAAAGCAGAAAGGUGACUCUCCCAGCGACGCAGAAGGAGAAGCUGUACCUACUAGCCAAGAUAAGCUGGAGGUGACAGAGAAUGCAGAAGUCUCAAAUGAGCUUCCCUCCAGCCUCAGAAGAAUACCUCGGCCUGGGAGUGCACGGCCAGCACCUCCCAGGGUCAAACGACAAGAGAGCACAGAAACACUGGCAGGGGACAGGUCGGGAAGUGGUAAGACGGUCUCCACUGUGAUCAUCGACUCCCAGAACUCCGACAAUGAGGACGACGAGCAGUUUGUGGUGGAAGCUGCCCCGCAGCUGUCGGAAAUCGCAGAAAUUGAAAUGGUGCCAUCAGGGGACCUGGAGGAUGAGGAGAAGCAUGGUGGGCUCGUAAAAAAGAUCUUGGAGACGAAGAAGGAUUAUGAGAAACUGCAGCAGUCUCCCAAGCCUGGUGAGAAGGAGAGAUCCCUUAUCUUCGAGUCAGCAUGGAAGAAGGAGAAGGACAUCGUUUCCAAGGAGAUAGAGAAGCUCCGUGUGUCCAUCCAGACCCUGUGUAAGAGCGCACUUCCCCUGGGAAAGAUCAUGGACUACAUCCAGGAGGAUGUGGAUGCCAUGCAGAAUGAGCUGCAGCUGUGGCACAGCGAGAACCGGCAGCAUGCCGAGGCCCUGAGCAAGGAGCAGAGCAUCACAGACAGUGCGGUGGAGCCCCUGAAGGCUGAGCUGUCUGAGCUGGAACAACAGAUCAAAGACCAGCAGGACAAGAUCUGUGCGGUGAAGGCCAACAUCCUGAAGAAUGAGGAGAAGAUCCAGAAAAUGGUGCACAGUAUCAACCUGUCAUCACGAAGAUGAGUGGCCAGCACUGCAGAGAUGGAACCAUCCUCCUCAUGAUGGACAAGGGGGCAGGAACCGCCCCACUGAGCCCUGUCUGCUAAGACGAUGGCCUGCUGUGCCCUGACCCAGCUAAGGUCAGAGCUUUCAGUUUAGGCACUAAACUAUUAAAAGGCUGUGUUUCCCUCCUUCCAGCUGCGGUACUCACUGCUUACAAAUAGCCCCCAGCUCGCCUUUGUGGGAGGGCUUCUUUCUUUGUUUGUUUGUUUUUUUUUUGUUUGUUUGUUUUGGUUUUUUUUUUUUUUUUUUUUGCAAAUACGUUUUUUCUGCUGCAGCCUGUUUGACCCUAUACCCUAGUUUUAGCAGGUAAGUUGUCUCAUCCUACUGGGCAAACAGCAGGCUUUUGUUUCUGCUUUUGUGUUUCCCAGAAGGACUUCAUACUGGCAUGGAGCAAAGGACAGCUAUGUAUUUUUGGUGGGUAUUUUAUAAAUAGAAUGAGGCCUAAAAUGUUUAAAUUGCCAUUUUAUUUCUACCUGAAGGGCGUCAUUUCAGCCCAUGUCCUUGUAAGGUGCCUGUCGUCUGUGUGGGGUUGCUGCCCUCUUACUGCACAGGCUUCUUUCUGCAGCCUCUGCAGAUUUGCUGUCUGCAUUUCUAUCCCUUAACGCUCAUAGGCUGAGAAGGAGGAUUUAGCAUAGCCUCUAUGGGCAUUGUGUGAUGGGAACCUGUCACAGGCUACCACUGAGGCUUUCUGCAGCCCCCAGCAGCAUCCAGCUCACUCCUGAUGGAUGAGCAGUCCCCUAGGCCACCUUAAGAGGACAUUGUCGCAUGAAGAGGUAGCAUGGUCCUUCUCCGUGAAGGCGUGCUCCGAGAGUUGGGAGUGAGGAGAAACUGUGAGGAAGAGAGUACACCAAUUUACAAUUUGUGUUUAUUUUCCUUUUUUAAAGACCCUUUUUUUUUAAAGUAAAGUUGUUUUUUUUUUAAAUGGUUUUUACUCAGUUUUUCACCUUCUGUAAAUACUUAUUAAGGUCUUGAAUUAUCGUAUAAAGGAUCUCUCUGUGUUUGGAGAUGUUCUUACUGGCAUAAGGUCUGAGGUGUUCCUUACGUUUCUGGGUAUUUAUUAUGUACACUACGUCGAACCCUGGGAAGUGUGAAGACUGCCUUAGCACGGUUUUGUGCCUCAAGGCUUAGCACAGGUGGCACAGCCAGUGUUUCUCAGUUAGUGGAAGGCAGCAGUCCAGUUCUCAGGGGGGCCUGGACAUGGUGGAGAUGUCGCUCAGCCUCUGAGUCUCUCCUGUCUGAAGCAUACCACCCCACCCUGCCAAACAGAUGCUUCCAAACAGUUUAGGAGAGGGAAGGAUUGCUUGCCAACCAGCCUCUGUAUGUUCAUGAUCUCUUUUCGACUAAAUUAAAAAACUUAGCCAUAACCCUAAGUGGACCCCAUAUAUACCAAGUUAAUAUAUAUACAUGUACAUGUAUAUAUAUCCUUUUAUGAAUUUGUAUAUAUGAAUAGAAUUUUUAUGUUGAGAAAAUUACAUACAUUGUAUGUGAGUAAAAUUUUAUAUGCUGUAGUCUAUCAGAUUGUAUCACAAAGUUUUAUUUUUCUUUUUUAUGUAAAUCAUUAAAAUAAUCACCUAUUUUUCCUAUAA